AUGGAGACUCAGACUCCCUGGACAGUCGAUGGAUUCGUAGGUACACCCGAUAUAAUCGAUAACGAAGGUAACGACUACUUUCAAUUUAAUCCUUCUACUCCAAGAUACUCUGUAACCUCUCAUAACCCUGGUCAAUUCCCACAGCAUUCUUAUACCCAUCCUGGACAUCCAGUUGGAUUUCCCAAUCAAGAGUACGAUUUUCAAUCUCAUGACCCAUUUGCGUUACAUCACCCUCAACAUCAGGCUACCUUUAAUGGAUUCCAGUCCACCAAUUUCCAACUUGGAAAUGCCAACGAACUGCGGAAUGAAGGAUCUCAUUCUUCCGUUCGAUCAUCCUUUGGAUCAACUUCGCAUCGAUCCAGUUCAAGUGUAUCAUCGCAUUAUACAUGGUCUACUACCACUCAGGACGAUAUAUCUUCGUCUGAUGUCGAUCCGGAUGACUCGACAUCAUUAGCCACCUCAAUCUCACCAAGCUUGAUUGGUGGCCAGGUACAGACGCAAAUGGUGGAAGACAAUAAAAGACAACAUGGUAGAAUUCCGAGUUUAUCUAUAGAUCCGAAGUUAUUCAGACCCACUACUACCGCUUCGUCUAAGAGAGAUAGUGGUAGUGAUAAUGAGAUAGAGAUGUUAGAGACCGCUAAACCGAAAUCGAGAUCGAACCUCAAAUCAAAUGUAGAUAAGAAAAUUGAACUAUUGGGUGAAUCUCCUUUACAAGCUGCUAAUGCGAAGAAGGGUAAGGGUAAGAAGGAAAGGGCCAAGAAGACUAGCUCUACUUCAGGAAGUGGUUCGAUUGGUGGAGGAGGAGGAGAAGGGAAGAAAGUUAGUCAUGCUAGAAAGCAAACAGCAGAUCAUAUUCCCCGACCUAGAAAUGCAUUCAUCCUAUUCCGAAAACACGUCGUGGAUUCUAAGUUGAUUCCUCCAAGUGUCGAGAUGAGACAUCAGAACGUUAGUAUAAUCACUGCAAAGAUGUGGUCGGAGGCACCACCAGAUCAAAAAGCUCAUUUUAACGAAUUGGCAAGGAUCGAAAAAGAGGAACAUAUGAAAAAAUACCCUGGCUAUAGGUAUCAACCAGUUUACAGACGGACCAAUGUGAUUCGUCGUCGAGUGAGAAAAGACGAAGCUGAAGAACAGAAAUGUAAAUCGGUCGCGGAGUUGCUGAUCAAAGGUAAAAGUGGGGAAGAUUUGGAGAAUGAAAUCAAAGAGAAGAUAAGAAAUGGGAAUGAAGUCAACAAUGAAAGUAACGAUAAAUCUUCUUCUGAGAUUGUUGCCAAGGACAAGUCAAAUUCAAAUUCUCGACGAUCCUCAGCAGCAUGUGAACUUUCCAAAGGGGCUUUAAGAGCCUUACGAGCUCAAGCGAGACAGCAAUCAUCGUCACACGAAUCGGGAGAUUGGUCAGAUAUAUCUUCUGUUCGAGGAACCGGAGGUGGGAGCGCUCGUGGACAAUCAAGAUCUAAUUCAAGAUCACUAUCAAGAACCCAAAGUUACGCUUUCGAGUUCGAGGACAAUUCCGAUUCCAACGAUGAACAGGAACAUGAACAUGAUCUUACCCAAAAUCAAAACCAAGGUCAGGAUCAGAUGUUGGGAUAUGGUUUGGCUCCUUCACAAAUACAAGGUUUCGCCCAACAGCAUCAACAGCUUGGUCAGGAAGACAGUGGAUCAGGAUCAGGGUCGGGAUCAUGGGGAGAUACAAGUUACAUGAAUGGAUUUGAGUUUGGUCAACCACAGUCGCAACCACAGGGUUAUGGUAGUUACCCUCAAUCAGCCUUCACUGACAAUCAAAGUUCUACGAGUAUGGAAUUCCAACCUCAACCUCAAACCAGUUUCUCCGAUCCUUCGUCCUCAGCUUCGCAAAAUUUCCUAUACCCUCAACCUUUACAUGGUAGUAUACCACUUCAAAUUCAACUUCCCCAAAAUAUCCAUCACUCCAACGAAAAUAUCAAUAACACCAAUAAUGAAUUUUACACUUAUGAUACCGCAUUACCCUUUUCACCUUCUGCUGCGAUAACCAAUUUCUCUUUCCCUUAUCCCCAUCUUCAAGAUGUCAAUCGGAACAAUGAUGAUAACGAUUAUUUCAGUAUGAACAUGAAUAUGGAUAUGGAUAUCAAAGGUGAUCAUAAGAAUGGCAAUUCAGAGGGGAUAUACGAAUUUACUUUACCCUCUAAUCCCAACUCAACUUCCAUAGAAACUCAUAACCCGCCGACAUACUUGUUCAAUGGAGAUAUGGACAAGCUUCAAACCUCUCAAAAUCAGAUUGAUCACAACCAUCAUAACCAUUCGUUAUCACUCUUACCUCCCUCUAGCGGGGUACCGUUGGAAAAUCUGCCAUUUGACGAUCAUCUGAUAUUGGGAGAUUUCGAAGCUGCUUUGGCGCAUGCGGAUGAAUCUCAUGUUGAGGGCGUAUGGUAA